AUGAUUCUUCAUAAGGUUUUCCUUAUCCUUCUUUUUAAGGUUUGGGAUGCUGUAGAUACAGGCUGCUGUUUGAAAACAUACUUCUGUCACUCCUGUGCUGUUCGAGCUGCCCGGUGGUCGUCUUGUGGAAGAAGGAUUCUCAGUGGGGGCUUUGAUUCCAUGCUGCAUUUAACAGACGUGGAAACAGGAAAGCAGAUACUUAGCAGCAAAAAUGAAUUCAGGAUCAGCACACUGAAGUUCCACCCUACAGAGUCAAAUAUUUUCAUUUGUGGAGGGUUCAGCCCUGAAGUUAAAUCUUGGGAUAUAAGGACUUCUAAGGUGUUAAAAGUGUACAAAGCUGCAGUACAGCAGACAUUGGACAUACUCUUUCUUCCUGAAGGAAAAGAAUUUCUUACAAGCACAGAUGCAGUAAGCCGGGACUCAGCUGAUCGUACCAUUAUUGCAUGGGACUUCCAAAGUGCUGCAAAAAUCUCCAAUCAGAUUUUCCAUGAGCGUUACACUUGCCCAAGUCUGACUCUGCACCCAAAAGAGUCUAUAUUUGUUGCUCAGACAAACGGGAACUACAUGGCUUUGUUUUCUGCGCAGCGACCUUACCGAAUCAACAAGAAGAAAAGAUAUGAAGGACACAAGGUGGAAGGUUUUGCCGUGGGCUGUGAAUUUUCUCCAGAUGGAACACUUUUGGUGACAGGAAGUUCAGAUGGCAAAGUGUUUUUCUAUAACUAUCAUACUGCUAGGAUUAUUCGCACUUUGUCUGCACAUAAAGAAGCUUGUGUGAGUGCAAUAUUUCACCCAGUCUUGCCAUCACUCCUUGCAACAUGUGAUUGGGCUGGAGAAGUCAAGAUCUGGCAAUAA